UACUUUUUUCAGUGCACACCCCUGUGCCGGAAUGUUCCAUUAAGCCACGGACAAAGAUGGAGGCCUGAGAGGUGUUUUGGCCGCUCCAACCACCUGUGCGCGACGAGGGGUGGGUUUGUACCAUCCUCUCAGCUUCAACAGCGCUCAGAAGACCCAUGCAUCAUUGAGCCCAUGAUGUGCAGUCAUGCUGUUCUACCAAGUGUCUGAUGAUCCCCCAGGACAGGCAGCAGGCAUGGCAGAGAAGUGCAAGACAUGUGGCUGUAACUGUGGAGGCCAGGGUGCCAAGUACCGAGAGCAGGCGGAGGAGAUCAGGAAGAGAAUGGUGUACUCCAGCCACAGGAUCGAGGUGAUGGAGUCCGAGUUCCUGGAGAUCAGGGAGAACCUGGAGGAUGAGCUGAAUGACACGGCAGAGGAGCUACAGUCACUUAAGGACAAGUUCUACAGACUAGAAAGAAGCCAUAAGUCACUACAGAGGGUGAACCAGGACCUGGAGGAGAAGUUGCUCUCUAUGGCUGCCCAGAGUGAGCGUACAAAGGCUUCCCUGAACAGAGACAUCCUGGAGAUGACAGAGAAGCUGAUGAACACCAGACUGGCUCUCAACCAGCUGGAGGAGUCAAAUGACCGCUAUCGGAAGGAGUGUAACUUGGCAGCCCAGCUACUCCAGUGUAACCCUCACAACUUUGUCUCUCCAAAAUUCAGCUCACUUCCCCCUGAGCUGCAGGAGAGGCUGCAGCAGCAUAUGGAACAGGUCACCAAGAACCACAGGAAGGUCAAGGCUGCCCAGUCUGCCCCUGGUGCGCCGGCAGACGCUGUCGUCCCCACUGCUGUGCUGGCCGAGGUGCUCCAGAAGCCACAUCCGGUCCGCACAGUCCGCGGUGUGGGGGCACGCAGAGAGAAGAUUCUGUUUGAUGCCUGUGUGCAGACCAACCCAGAGGACAUUGAUCAGGGACAUGGGAAAGUGAUAAAGGCAAAACCGCUACGAUUCACUGCGUAUGGUGUGGAUAUGGGAAACACAAGAGAUAUUCCUAAAGCAGCAGAAACUGGCAAACCCACUGGAGAGUGGCAGCCAAUUAAGGUUGCUGAAGACCAGGCUGCAUCCACGACCUCCAAAGAUACUCUCAAGGUCAGAGCCUUCAUGCCCAUAUCAAGAGGAAAGGACACUGGACAGAACCUGGACCAGACACCCAGACUAACAAAGGAUACUCAGAGACCCUCUGCCCCUGCUCCACAGCUCACACAAAGUGGAAAUUCUGAACAUGAAGCACAGAUGCAACGCCCGAAUGUCAAUGGAGACUUUGAAUCACAGGAGGGAGCGGGGGCCAAGAAGGUUCAGUCAAAGGUAGCGGGAUCAUCACAUACAAGUCCAACCAAAGCUAAAAAGAAAGGAGCAGACCAGGCUUCAAUAGGGAGCACCAAAGUCAGGGCUAAAAAGAUAGGACCUACUACAGAAGAGACAGAACCACUACUAGAUGGAGCUACUAGUGAUUCAACAAUUAAUGUCAAAAGAGAAAAGAUCCCUUCUUCCCAGCCUAAAGGGUUGAAGUCAGAAGCAGAUCAGACACAUUCAGGAAACAAUAGGCUUAGAGUUAAGAAGACUGGGCCUCAAGGAGCAGAUGGAGAAGAGACAGUACCAUUGCUGGAAAAGGGUGCUGAAAGAAAUGGUGAACUUGGUGGUAAAGGUAAUGUUAAGAAAGUGCAUCCUCAAACCAAGAUACCCAGAGAAAUAAAGGCAGAGUCAGGAUCAAGCUUUGAAACUACAAAAGGAAAGACUAGGAAGACUCUGUCUGUCACUGAAGAAACUGAGCCACUACUAGAAACGAAUGAGAAUAGAAUCUCUGAAGAUGAUGGAACCAAUGAUUCUGUUAUUCAUGUCAAAGGAAAAAUACCUUUGUCGUCUCCUCAAGCAACAGAACUGAGCACUGCGGCAAGCAGAGCUAUGAAAACUGUCUCUGUAGCAGAAGAAAGUGUGCCACUACUGGAAGAUAGUAAUGAGAGAGCCUAUGAGCUGAAUGAUGAUUCCAUUGUUGAAGUCGAGGAGAAAGGACCAUCGACCAGUCCACAGUCUAAAGUGGUGAGGCAAGAUCAGACAGCUGCAGUGAGUGUCAAAGUCAAGGUUAAGAAAGCUGUUGCUGAGACAGAAGAGAAGCCUCUCAUUGACCUUGAAAGUAACCUUGAUACACGGGACAAAGCGAAUGGUAGCGAUCCCUCACCACAGGCUGAAGGCCCAUCCUUGCUUUCAGAUUCCGCAAAGAUGAAGCCAGAGGCAGACCAGCCACCUGUGGAUAAUGUCACCCAGAAGGCUUCUACUGGUGCUGACUCUCAAAACUCAGAUCUUCCUCUUAGUCUUACAAAAAGUCCUACUUCUCUUGAUACCAAAGAUGCCAAACCACCUUCUGAGUCAACUACACCAGGUACACCACAAUCUGGAGCCAGACCAAAGAGCACUGUUAAAAAGACAAGUACAACUAAGGUGAAGAAAGUGACAAAAACUGGAGCUAAGAAAACUGGAACCAAGAAGAAGGUGAAAACACCUGUGAUGAGUGGUGAGAAGCAAGAAAAGGCUAAAGAAAACAGUAGUCCAACCCAGGACAAACAGAAUAGUAGUCCAACCCAAGAAAGAGGAGGGGGCUCAGAUGAGCCUGAGUCACAGCAGCAUCUAAGGAAGGACAACUCUAGCUCGGUCAGCAAAGACAACAGCAACAUCAGUAAGGCAACACAGAAGUGUCCUCCUAAGGACUCUCAGACUUCUCUAGGAGUACACAAAGAUACUGAAGAAGAAAACAAGGGAGCUGAAAGCAGGCAAGAAGGAAGCCGAGAUAAGGAAUCAAUAGAAGGUGCACCAGUCAGCAGCCAAGCUGAGAAGGAUGGAAUGGAAGAAGCACCAAGUGAGGAAGAUGAAAGGGCACCUAGGCGACGUAAUAGUCUUGAGGCUGCACAGCUCACAGGGAGUUUGUUGGACUUCUGAAAAAAGAACUUGACUUACAUGGCUUGAUAAAAUGAAGCUGCACAUUAGAUAACAUAGUCAGGAUGUGUAUCAGGCUUUCAAGAAUAUACAGCAUAAUAUAUCAAUAAACAUGGAUAGUAUGUAGGGCAUACAAAGGAACGAUGUACAUGUAAAGCUAUUGGCAGAGUAAAUGUUUGUGAAGAAUUUGAGGCACUUUAAGCUGUGCAAAUAACUAUGCAAGAUAUGUUAGGCUGUUUGGUAGAUCUGAUAUAUCGUACUAGUACGUAAAAUGUAUUGAAAGUAACAUACAGGUAAAGUCUAAAAUGUCAAGCAUGCAUUUGAAAACUGAUCUCUGCAAUCCCUAAACGAGGGAUAUAUCCUGGUUAAUGUGAGAGAUGUCACUGAAUUUUUAUUUUGCUAGUUGCCUGCACAUGUGACCUGAAUUUCACCAACCAUAUGCCCUGCUUGAGUUGAUGGAGUUCUGUGAGCUAAGAUCACUUCAGCAAAACCUUUUUACUUUUCGUUGCAUAGUUGUUUAUCAUAAAUACAUAAAUAAAAAUCAUUUACUUAGACAUGUAGGUUGCAUUAUGUGAAUGUAUCAUAGGUUAUAUGUGUAUAUUUUUGUGAAGUACAAUCAGCAAUCCUAUGGAGUGUUAAAAUGUCUCUUCCACUCAUGGUUAUCAUGUAUCAUCCUGUUAGUCGUACAUGAUUUCUUUUGUGCCAAGCUAAAUACGGAAAUACAUCUUUAUGUAUAUUUGUGGUGAUUUCAAAUUUACAUAUACAAGGUUUGAGAUGUGCAAGUUACUGAACUUGAAUAUGUAGUCUAAGAUAUACCCAGAUCACCGCUUCUUCCAGCAUAUGUUAUAGGUAUUCAGUACAUGUAUUUAUUGAAUGAAGUUCGACAUAUCAUUUAAUUUCACAUAUUUUGUAUUGAAAAUAGGAUGAAAAUAGGGCUUGCUGCAUGCAGCAAUCAGAAACUUGUUUCACUCAUCAUUGCCGCUACACCAAAGUUGUAGUCUACACUGUUGCCUGAAAUACAUGUAUAUUCUCACAUAAAUAUAUACAGAACAUACAAUCAGCUACUUUGUAGUAAAGAUUUUCUAACUGUAACAUCUUUCUGGGAAAUCAAGUUAAUUGUUUGCACAAAUAACCAGCUCGAAAUGCACAAGAAUUCCUUAUGUGAUAUUAGAUUCAAUACUGAAAUGAAUAUAGAAAGUAAUAAAAAUUAUUGAAAGUAGCUAUGCAUUGCAAGGUGUGGUAAAAUCACUCACCUUUUAUUGUUUGAAGUAACAUACAUGUAAGUUACAAAGGAAGUGGGUAAAUUGAGGUUUGUCUUGUUUUGGUAGAUCUUAAUAUGUGAUGCAGUCAACUGGAUUGUGAAAUAAAGUGAAACAUACAAUUGUCUACGUA